AUGUCAUCCGUUCUUGAUUCGCGGAGAAAGUCGACUCCGGGACCUGCAGGUAGCACGCGGUCGGUCGCGCACGGCUUGCGGUCACCAAUAACAAAGGUGUCUCCUCGUAAAGCUGCUACUGCAACUCCAAGAACAUCCUCUAGGCUUCACAAAGCUGCAGACACAAACCAGAGUCUACGCGAUUCUGGAGCAAGGCAAGUAACGAGAAGUCAAAGCCGUGCCUUGAAUAGCAACGAAACACCGCGUACCGCCGUUCGCGGGAGCGCUAAGGGCAAAGAGAAGACUGGCCCAGAUUCUAGCCCUGGAAGUGAAAGCUACGGGAUUAACCAGCUCUAUUCAAGCGGGGGUAGCCAAGAACCGCAAGAUGUUAUCCCGAACACAGCUAUUCCAGAGUCUCCCGAUGAUCCCAAUGUCUCAGGGACUACUCUUCACCCGACAGACUCUGAACCAGAGACUGGCGGCGAUGUGGAUGCGCUUCUGAUGGUUCACUCUUUGCCUCACUUGCAACGAGCUUCCACGGCGAUUCUGGAUAUUUUUGCGGCCAGCUCCUCAUCUCCAAGUGGGAUGGCUGAAGUAGUGCGAUCUCUGCAAGAUCCGAAGAGUAGCCAAAGCCGACGGCUGCAGCGCAUGCGCAGUAAUUUUGCAACGCAAAAAGAAAAAUUUGGGGCAGAGACAUAUAUCUCUAUUGAACAAACUGCUCCAAAACUUCCCUCCCUUGAACCCUCAUCUGACCCUUCAACGAAAGCUUGGCAUGCGGAUGGGAUUCUCUACAAGGCGAACUGUGCGCAGCUUGCACUGGAAAUUUUGACCAAAUCUUCCCGCACGGAUAGUGUGGAAGAAAGUAUGUAUGAUUUGGAAGGGAAAUAUCCGAUACCUUUCUUAAAUGAACUGGCUCGUGGCACCCAGUUUGACAGCGCUGGGAAGAGUGGUCUCAGACGACCGACAUUUGACUUGGCGCUUGAGAUGAGAACUCAAUUUUUGAUGACCAGCUUGGUAACGCAACAAGAUCGAGAUAGCUUUAACCCACGCGGUCUGUUGCAACAUGUCUUCUUCAAUGAAACCCUCGACACACAGGCAGCUGACGAAGACCUGCUUCGUGGAUUCAACCUAACUAGCCUCCAAGAUAGGGACGGCAAUUUACCCUAUCAAUAUGAGGAGGACGUUCAAGAUCGUAUUCGAGACAUCCAAGAAUACUUUGCCGACGAUGGAACAGUCGAUUUUGAGAGACUCGAGGCACGUUUUCCUUGGGAAGGAUUUAUUUAUAACACAGCUAAAUGGCUUCGUUCGCGAAAUGAUGAGCUUGAUCGUUUUUUGAAGCAACAGCCUUCGAUUGACGACAUUCGUGGUCAACUUGAAGACGUAGUCAAUCGUCGAGCAACACUAAGUCAAACCACCGCCACUCCCGAGCAGGCCGGAGCAUCGAAAUCCUCGGAGGUUACUUCCAGUGGACGUAAGCUACUCCCGGCUAUAGAAUUCAUACAAAAGCGCGGUGAAGCACCAAAAGAAGUACCUGAAGGACGCAAGCCAAAAAAGUCUUUUAGCAGCCAGAAAGCAAUUCAAGUGGUGAUGCGUAAAGGCAAGGAAUUUUCCGUUGAUAGCUCAAAAGACUUUGCGCCUCGGCUUUCUCAGCUUGCUGCGAAGCCUGCGGGGAAUUCGACUGACCGAAAUACUUUGUCAAGAAGAACGGAAAUGCCCGCGAUUCCAUCAUUCUCCACCGAUCCGGAUCAGACUCUGGUAGAUGACUUGCACGAAGAUCUCUCGCACCUAAGUCCUCAAAGAAACCAACAACAUCGAAACCCUCAACCUGCUCGCCAACCACCGACUUCCGCGCCUCGAUUUCCACAUAUGGUCAUUGAAGAAAACGAAGAUUGGCCUUCAUCACAGACGAUCAUGGCUGAUAUCAAGAGUCAUAAACAGAAAGACAAUUCAAAACAAAGAGGGUUUUUUAUUGACCGCCAGCCAGAUGCUAGGCGUGUGUCACCGGUUGACUCUCAGCAACUCGGCAUCGCGAGUCCGAGUACAGGCCGUAAGCGUAGGCAAACUCGAAGAGAUGACUCAGUGGACGAGUAUGAAGAGAAUGAUAGAGCGGUAAAUAUCCAAGAUAAACGCGCUCAGAAACCAGCACAGACCACCAAAAGGCAGAGAAGAGGACCAGGGCCUGAGUCAAUGGAGUCACCAGCGCUCAACCGCCAAAUCCCUUGGCAAAACACAGAAUCUCCAUCUCAGUCAGAGCAGCCUCGUGUUCAGGCAACAUUUGCAGUAUCAACAGCAGGAACUCAACACUCGCCCUCUGCCUCAAACCCUGCAAAUCCAAGUCAGCCAUCCAGCAGUCAAACUUCCCCCCCCAGAAUUCCAUUUGGCACAAAACCAAUUCAAGUACGACGACGAUGGACAACCGAAGAAGACAAUCGACUAGUUGAACUUGUUGGGAAACAUGGCACGAGCUGGGCUGUAAUCAAGCAUCGGGACGAUGCGUCAACUGAUCCGCAAUUGACCGACCGUAACCAGGUACAAUUGAAGGACCGGGCAAGAAACUUGGUCAUGAUAUGGUAUAGGGGCGGGAGGAGCGAAUUACCCAAAAAUUUCGAAUUUGUCUCGUUGAAGCAGAAGGACAUUGAAGAGUUGGAAGCCAGGGGCAUUCAAAUCCCAGAACGGCCUCUUCCAAGAGGCAUAAUACGGUUCUAA